AUUGAUUUGCUUCAUAUCUAGGAUCAUUGCUUGAUAAUUGCCUAAAGUUGCUGCCCUCGUGGGAUUUACAGACUACUGGUGAGGGGAGGAAAAGAAACAGACUAUAGUAUAACCUGAUGUGUUUAGUGAGGCAAAAGAAUUGAUUAGUAGUAGACAAGGAAAUCAAGGAAUUCAGCCUAACAGUUUUUCUUUUUGGAUGCACAGUUUGUUAGUAGAAUUUACAGAUUGUUGUCCAUUCUGAGUGAUUGGAAUAAUCUUAAGUGCCAUUCCUGGGGUGGAAAUUACCAACCAACCCCCACAGCAAGUAUAGUAAUCCUUCUCAUCAGCUCUUUGUGAGACCUGAGCCUGCGUGCAUUUAUUCAUGGAUCAAGCAUUUAUUUAGUACUUAGCACUGUCAUUUGCUAGCCUAAGUUCUCAUCUUCAGAUAGUUUAGGAUUCAACAAGUAAACCAACAGUUACUGUGCUAUUGUAACAGGAGUGGUAGUAAUUAAUGGAUAGAAACCUGGAAGUACAGGGAAGAUGCUUCCAGACUAAUUAGGACCUGAGAGAUAAGUUGGUCAGAUAUACUUAGCCUUUGCAGAGUCUCUCUUUGGCUCUCAAGUCUCCAUUUGAACUUAACAGAAGUAUUGAUCUAGUCUUGGAUUGGGAAAAAAAUUAGAACAGAGAGAUUUUAAUCGUAUUCAUCCCACACUAUCUCUUGGGUAUUACUCCAAGUGAAAUACAAGAGUAUGUUUAUGUUACUUUAUCAGUCCAACUGGAAAUAAAUCUUUUCAACAAAGUGAUACCUUGGUCUAAAAUCUAAGAUUUAGUCCUUGGUAUCCAGAGCCUUUGAAACAGCUACCUCCAUUUUUCCUUCUCUGAAUCUACCACCAGGAAAUGAGAUUUAAGUAUGUGGGAGUAGAGGGAGAAAAAGGAGGAGGAAGGUGUGCUUAAGAAUCAUUAUUCUCAUCUGAUUUUAGGAUAAGCAAUUUAAAACAACUGAAUUUGGGUAAAAUAAUUAACUUUUUAUGAGUGUCAGUUUUUUCAUUUGCAAAGGAAGAAUGUGUAAAUAGAUGAUAUUUUACAUCCACUAGAGGGUAGUGUGGACCAUAAAAAAAUGACUCCUCACUGAUUAGCCCUUAUUAUUUAAUCAUUCCUUAUUUAAAUUAAUUUUUGUGCAUGAAAUGUUUUUUUGAAAUUGCAACAAAUCAUUGUGACUGUAACAAAAAGUAACACUUACACUCCUGUUAUUAGAGAUUCAGAUGCUCUGACAUUACUUUUUUAUAGAAUUUUUUGAUGGGAAAAUAAUGAUGCUUUAAAGUUUCUCCAAAUUUUACUCGUAAAAUUAUUCUUUAAAUUAUAAAAUUAUUAAUUUAAAUUAUUCUUAAUGACUUGUAAGUAAAAUCAUUAUACACCAAGAUUUGUGUUUCACUGUCCUGUAUGGUAGCAACUAGACCUUGUGGAGAUUGAGCAGUUGAAAAAUGGCUAGUUCACACGUGUCCGGAGGGCUGGACUGCGGGUUUCUCCUUGGGGCAGCGGCGGGAAGGGGAGAGUAUGAUCUGCGGGGACCAGAGUCAUGGCAGGACAGGCAUUUAGAAAGUUUCUUCCUCUCUUUGACUGUGUAUUAGUUGAAAGGAGUGCAGCCGAAACUGUAACCAAAGGAGGCAUUAUGCUUCCAGAAAAAUCUCAAGGAAAAGUAUUGCAGGCAACAGUAGUAGCUGUUGGAUCGGGCUGUAAAGGAAAGGGUGGAGAGAUUCAACCAGUUAGUGUGAAAGUUGAAGAUAAAGUACUUCUUGCAGAAUAUGGAGGCACCAAAGUAGUUCUAGAUGACAAGGAUUAUUUCUUAUUUAGAGAUGGUGACAUUCUUGGAAAAUACAUAGACUGAAAUGUCACUAUCAAAAUGGCAUCACGUGAAGCUGCCCUUUCCACUGAAGUUCUGAAAUCUUUUCAUCAUGUAAAUAAUUUCCACGUCUCUCUUUUAUAAUAAACUAAUGAUAUCCAAACUAAUGACAUCCAGUGUCUCUCAAAUUUAGUUUCACUGUACUGAUAGAAACAUUUCCAAAUAAAAAUAUAUAAAUGAAAAAAAA